ACGAAGAAGACGACGACCGUGGCAACAAUAACAAAAUACAACAUGGCAGCCAGCAUAGAAGAGAUAUUUCAGGAUUUUAUAUUAAAUAAAAUCAGAGAACUAGAAGGUCACCACGAAGGUCAAAGUGGUGUCGAAGGUCUGUGUUCUAGAACAAAAUUUGCUGCAACAGAGACGGACAAAGAGGAUGAGAUCAGCAGCCACUGUGUGCAAAAGAAGCAUAAGAAGCACAAAAAGCACAAGAAGAAGAAAAGGAAACGAGUGAAGGCAGACAAGGAAAGCAGCUCUGAGUCUGGGGCAGAAUCUUAUGACGAAACCAAUCAUGUGUCCAGAAGGGGAAGCACAGGAGAUACCAAGAAAGACCAAGGUGAGGAUCCUGCAAAAUCCAGCGGUUUAAAGCGAUCGUCAUCAGGGAAGAAGAAGAAGAAGAGAAAGAGAAGUGAGGAUGACAUCAAGAAGUUGUCAGAUUCUGACUUAGAAUUUGUGUCAAAUCACAUGCUUCAGCAAUAUAACUGUGGGUCAUUAUCAGCGCAACAAGACAUCCUGCCAGAUAUCAUACCCAAACAGGACUAUUCCAUUAAAGGAAGAGGUGAUGUCAAGAGUCAUGGGAGGAUGAGGUGUUUAUCAUAUUCACAGUCUCACAAGUCUUCCUGUUCCCAAGCCAGGCCCAGCUGUGCCACAAAGAUGGAAUCUUUGGAUGACUCAAAGCCUUCAGUGUCUCCUGUUAUGGCCUCCAGCCCAAGAUUAAGCUGUAUGAUGCCAAAGACGAAUGAAAAUGACAAAGUCUUGAAGAUGUAUGAAGAGAACGUCCAAGCAACAACAGAAAAACUAGAAUCUGACCAGACCACUGCACCAAACCUUCCUCAUCUCAACGCUUCAGAAGACACAAAGUCUAUGUCUGCUGCAUAUACCCAGUCCUCACGCAUGAUGCUGAAACCACCAAAGUUGCCACAAAAUAAAAAGGAAGGAAAAUCAUCAAAGAAACACAGUAGGACAAAAUCACCACACAGGAGCCACAGGAGGAGAUCCAGGACCAGGAGUCCUGACAGAAAGAAGAGAUCAACUCCAAGAUCACGGUCACGUUCAUGCUCAGUUUUACGGGAGAAGAGGAGGGAUAGACACAGACAGAAGGACCACUGGAAAGAACAGCCAAGCCACUCACCUGUACUCAUCCCUCACAGAUCAUCGGGCAGAAAAUACAACUCAAGCAACAGUCCUCAGCGCAUCAGUGAACUGGAUAAGGACCAGUUGUUGGAGAUUGCCAAGGCCAAUGUUGCUGCCAUGUGUGCAAGGGCAGGUAUGACUAUCCCUGUCAGCCUGAGGUCCUCAACACUUCCCCUGACGGUGCCCGCUGUGACCAUGAAUCCUGCUAUGGCCAGUAUGACUGCAGCCACCAUGACAGCAGCCCUAUCCAAUUUGGGAACUCUGUCUUCAUUUCUUACAAUGUGGCCUAUUACCAACAACCCAGCUUCUAGUGUUGCUGCUCAAACCAACAUGGCAGCUUUGGAGGAAAUGAAGAGGAAGGUAGUGAAGCAGGCCAACAUCAUCAGCAUUAAAGAAUUUACUGAUAAAUGUAAGAUGAUUGUGGACAGUAAAGGGGAGCUGCCAGUGGCAAUGCCUCACAUUUCAGAUGAAGAGGAAGAUGGGAGGCCUUUUGGAGGAUCAGCUCUUCGAGAUCAAAAAGCCAUCACCUUCAACAUCAAUAGCACAUCUGUUCGUCCAUCGGUGCGUGCUGAUGUUGGGAUAGCGAAGGAGUUCCCCGUGUCUUCAGGAUCUCAUCAUCGUAAGAAGGAGGGUGAAGCACUUGAGGCUUAUGGACAAUGGAUUCCUGUCGACAGAUCAGCAAAAAAAGAAGUCACUGCAACUCACAAAGCAGUGACCCCUCUUUCUGAGGCAACAGCCACUUUAUCCUCAAUGGACACCAAGCCAACAACAGAAUUACGAACAGCUGUAAAACAUCCCAUGUUUGUCUUAGAAAAUGACAGCAUUUUUCCUGAGCCACCACUGCAGGCUGUGGAUAUCAGCCAGGCUGUAAAUGAGAGAAUCAAAGCUCAAAGGUGUUUAGCUGAAAACCCCUAUGAUGUCAGUGCCAUCUGCAUGCUGAGCCGUGCACAAGAACAGGUGAAUGCAUGGGCCCAGUCCACCACUAUACCUGGUCUUUUCACUGGCUCAACUGGAGCACAAGUUCUCAGCUCAGAAGAUCUUUCCACCAGUGGACCACAGGCUUGGCUGAAGAAGGACCAGUUCCUUCGGGCAGCUCCUGUAUCAGGAGGUGUUGGGGAGUUCCUGAUGAGAAAGAUGGGCUGGAAGAUGGGAGAAGGCUUGGGAAGGAACAGAGAGGGCACAGUGGAGCCAAUCAUCGUUGACUUCAAGGUUGAUCGCAAAGGACUACUUGCUGAAGGAGAGAAACCACAGAAGCAAACAGGAGGUCUGGUUGUAACCAAGGACCUCAUGGGGAAGCAUCCUGUGUCUGCUCUUAUUGAGUUGUGUACUAAGAGAAAGCUGAUGCAGCCGGACUUUGUCAUGAUUCAUCACAGUGGUCCUGACCACCGCAAGAGUUUCCUCUUUAAGGUCACAGUGAAUGGUGUGGACUACCAACCACAAGCAGCUAGUCCCAGUAAGAAACAUGCAAAGGCCAUGGCUGCUACUGUUGCGCUGCAGGCCCUGGGAGAGGUUCCUGCUGAUGGACCAGGACUUUACACUGGCCCCGUGUUCACUGCCGCUUCAACUGGUCCAUUGUUCUCCACCUAAAUAUGAACACACUCCUGGGACUGACAAAUCCUUUACAGUGGAAUUAUUGCUGUUUUUUCAUUUAAAGCAAAAGUCUACUUAUUAUAACCAGAGUCACAUUAAAACAUUGCUAGCAAUCAAC